AGGGCUUUGCUAUUUGACAAAAAAACAAUGCUCGCGUGGCACGCAUCUCAUGCGUUCCCCACUUGAUUCUUCCCACCACCAGCUGCUCACCACACGCCCCUGCCCACCCACAACAUAUUAAAAAAAAAACAUUCAUCCUUAUUCUUCUUCCUCCCCUAAUUUCAUUUUGCGACUCUCCUCUCACCAUUCCAUCCAGUGCAGGAGAGAGGCGGAGCCGUAGAAGUCAUGGGACUUCUUUUACAGAAGAAUCGGGGACUAGAUGCUCUUAUCAAUAAAUAAUUAAUUAGUAUAUAAAAAUGGGGAUUAAAUGCUGUUAUUUCCAACCAAGCCUUCUGCUUCGCAUGAAUUGUACUUAAUUUAAGAGUGCAACUUGUGUUCCUCUGUUUGAUAGCAGAACAUAAGAAAUAGAUGGCAAAGUAGUGAUCAGCAAUGAGAAAUCUACUGAAUAAAUGAAGUAUACCGUGACAGCCAAUAGCGUUUCUCAUCAAAGCAUACAAGGUGGACUCAUAUAAGACAUGGAUACAGAAAAUCCUGCUCCAACAGUUGAAAAGGAUACCACAGAUGCGGAGACAUCAUUAGAUAGCUCUCAUCUUGUCAAGAAGAUUCAGAAGAAAGUUCCAAAAAGAAUUCACAAAGCUGAGAGAGAGAAAAUGAAGAGAGAGCAUCUGAAUGAGCUUUUUCUUGGUUUGGCUGAUGCUCUUGAACUAUCUGAGCAGAUGAAUGGAAAAGCCUCUGUAUUGAGUGAAGCUGCUCGAUUUGUAAAGGACAUGCUUUCUCAGAUCAAGCAUCUAAGGACAGAAAAUACAACUUUGCUGUCUGAAUCUCAAUAUCUGAGUGUGGAGAAAAAGGAGCUUGAGGAUGAAAAUACAGUUCUAGAGGCUGAAAUUAGCAAACUGCAGAGUGAGGUCAAAGCAAGGGAAGCUGAGACUAAUCUUGACCUAAAUCUAGCUCCUCCUGAAAGUCAGCACACAGAGUUUGCCUCACAAACUAACUAUAUGAGAUUGCCUGCUUCGGAGCAUGCAUUUCAGCAGUCACAGAUUAUGAACCCUGUUUACGUCUUUCCCUUAAGUUCUAAUCCUCAGGCUUAUCCAGCGCCUGAUGCUGCAGAUUCCAUGGCUAUGCCCACAUCAACUGUGAAGAAACCACAGCCCAGAUAUCCCACUCCAACUGAUAUGUGGCCAUCCCAAAUCCUUGAAAAGCAGCCUCAGUUAUUGCGACAGGAGGUUCAAGAUGGUGCAUAAUAAUAGUAGUUUAGAAGAAACGAGACAUUCAUUCAUAGGGAAUGGCAUGUAUAAUUAAUUAGGUAAUGUAGAUUUAGACGACAAGCAGCAGCAGAUUCAGCAAUACUUUCGACUUGCAGCUCUCCAUAGUAUAUAACCUUUUUCUUUGUAUUUUGAUCAACAAUAACCUAGUUUUGUCUGUCGAGUGUAGAGGUAGUAUCAGUUGGGAGCAACCAUACCAUAGCAGUGUUCGAUACAGAAUAUGUUGGUAAGCAAAACCUGCAAGUAGGCGCUAGACGUGAUAUUUACGGAUUUUGAUGUUGAACUCUUAGAAUGUUCUUGCUGUUGAGGUCAUUUUCGAGCUCUGGGUUUCUCUAAGGUGGCCAAAAUAAGUCCUAGUCCAUUCUAUUUUGACAAGGUAGGAGACAGAGAAGUGAUUUUAGUAUCAUUAUUUUAUCGUAGAAAUCUUGAGAAAAUGACAGAAACGGUGUCUUGUGUUUGGGAGUAGGUUUGAAAUAGUCACUUCGAUAUAUUUUUGUACAGUAAUUUGGUCCAAUAAUUUAAUUUAUGAAAAGUGA